GGUUGUUGCGUUGCCAUGGUAACAACUGCGUUGGCUCGUCUGUCCCACUGACAGUAACUGAGCUAGUUAGCUAGCUAUAAAACGAGACGACGUCAUUCGGCGUCAGAGUAAAGUUAGAGCAAAGUUUAACAGUUUUCUAAAUUAGUGUCAGUGUCUAUCUUUCUCCAUGAGCAGGUUGGAGAGUUUGGGGAAGUCCACCGCUGCUUCACAGAAACAGUUGGCAGUUGAAGUCCAGUCUGCUGAGAAGCGCAAACUCAGUGACAAAAUGGGGAAAAAGACAGUCACUGAGAAAACUCGGAGUCCUCCUGCCCGAGCACUGCCUCCUUCUGUACAGGUUCCUUGCAAGGAGACACAAAAGUCUGGAUUUCCAAGUGGUGAGAUGCUGAAUACAGACGAGUGCUCUCCAAAAGAAUCCAUCAACAUAACACCAAGGGUUAAAGAGCAAGCUGCAGAGACUGCAGUGCCUGAUGAUGGGCUGAAAAUGAAAGACUUGAUCAAAGCACAGCCCCCAGACUCAGCGGUAACAGGAGGAACAAUGCAUGCUCCCCCAGCAGUUGAGCCUCUUCCCACGCAGGAGGUCAGUGAGGAGGAAGAACAGAUUGAAGAGCAAUAUGUUGAGAAGGAAGAGCUGAAGGCACCAGUGGAGCUGAUAAUUGAGUUCCUCGGAGCUGUGAUGGGCAGAAACUUUCAGCUGGCCAGCAAACUGUGUCAGAUGAUUCUCAUGUAUGAACCAGACAACCCUGAAGCCUCUGAGUUUCUCCCGCUGAUCCAGAAGAAGCUGUUGGAGGAGCAAGAGGCCGAGCAGAGCAGUGAGGAAGAGGAUGAUGAUGACGAUGAUGAUGACGACGACGAUGACGACUCUGGUAGUGACGAGGAGUCAUCUCAGAGCUCAAGCUGCUCCUCUUCGUCAUGCUCCUCCUCUUCAGCAUCAGAUGAUGAUGAGGAAGAAGAAAAGCGGGUGAACAGACACAAGCCGUGUCCUCCUUCUCACAUUUACCCAUAAAUCCACUGCACCGGUCGAGCAGCGUUUCAUUCUGUCAACUGAGAUCUCAGCUGACAGCAUCUUGUGUUUAUUUUAAUCCUCAAAGCUGCUUCGCACAGAAAGUCUUUGUGCAUUUUGUAGAUGUUUUGACAUAUG